CAAGAUGCACAACAGUGGUUUGUCUGGUUGAUGAAAAGUUAACUGUGCCACCUGCCAGAACAACAGGGUAUAACUCAACAGGAGUGAGCACUGGUGAGUUUACAACCUUUUUUUUAAUGACACAUUAUUAUUGAGCAUUUACUACAUGUCCCUAACAGUUUUAAUCUGAGGCUUGCGAUUUAAUUGUAGACAUGAAUCAUAUUUACAUUUAAUACAUAUAUCGAUUAUACAUUUGCAUAUAUUCAUGUGUAAUGUUUUGGAUCUGUUCCUUACACUGAUUUGGUUGGCCUGGAACUGAGACACACAAAAAGCAAAGUUCAGAAAUCCUGUGUUCUGCCAAGAUCUCCUUGUGUGUUUUAUCAAGAGAAUCCAAGACAAACUUCAGGGGAGGUCUUUACCAGCAAGGGGGUGAACAGAAGUAGACACAAGGCCCAUAAUGGUUCGAAGUUAAAGGUUAACUGAAACCUUAUUAGGAGCAGCCCCCACCUGGCUCAACUUCCUGAAUUUGUUUGUCAUUCACCCCAUGCAAUGUCUGUGAUCAACACAUGAACCCUGAAUUGUGAAACAACUGGAACCUUGGAGCAGAGCCCCUCUCACUGUUCGUCAUCCUGUGCCUUCCCCCCUUUUUUUAUUUUCCCUUGACUGUCCCCCCUCCUUCCCCUGCCAGCUCCCCCCAACUCGAGCUCCUCCUCUGCUGAAAAGACACAUUUCCUGAUGUCAUUACUAAAUCAAAAUGCUGCUUGGCAAGCAGAUGUUGUGAGAGGCCCAACAUGGAUUCAGUGACGUUAAUGGACAAGUUCGUCAUGAGAAAACAUGCACCAUACACUUCAUUUUUAAUUCAGUCAAUGAAACCGCCUCUCUCGCUCUGCCGUUUAAAUUAGUGAGUGCUGACAACAAGGAACUACCUUACAGAUGUCGAACGCUCAUGAGUUCCUCAUAACAUAAACAUGUAAAAGGUUUCCCACACUUGUGGUGCGAGUAUCAGUGUGUUAUAUGUACUGUAUGUGAAGGUGGCUGGUCUUUUAAACAGCUGGUCAGCUCUGACUAACAAUUUGUUCCAGGUUUGGUCAAAUUCACCUAAAUAUGAAGUCAUGGCUGUCUGCACAGCACGCCCUGCAGAGUCAUGAUUACAUCCACCCCAAAAUGCUAAACCCUAAAUGUUUACUUAUGUUUCCUAUUUGGCAGAGGCAGCCCAAAAGGCAAAUAAAUCACAUGCUGUGAGCUGGCCAGGCCUUCGACUGUGAGAAACUGAGACUAAAAAGCAGAACAAGAGUUAAAGAGUAAGGGUUUUCAGAUGUGAGUCCAGCCCAGCUUGGGUGUGCUCCCUUUUAUUUCAGAGAAUGAAGAGGACAAUCUCUGUUGCCUCCACCCCUUUGAAAAAGGAAGAAAAUCCUAAAGAAAUGUGUGCUGGAGAUAGGAAGAGCUGCUGCCAAGGCACAGGGCUGUCAGACAGAUCUUCAAAUAACAUCUGGUAACCGCGGGUAACACUGUUUGGACAUCUGGUAACCGAAGGUUACACUGCGUCUCUUCCAUCCUGCCGGGUUUCCUGUUAUGCCUCGCUGUACACAGUCUACGAGGUGUAGGUUUAUUAUACAUGGUCAUCAGCUGGGGAAAACACAACUCUAUUCUUUUUUUCUGACAUGAAGGGAGCACUUGGUUUCUUUGGGGUAUUCCUCUCCAUUCUCUCCGAUCCCACUCAUGGAAAGCCUACUUUGUCAUUUGAGUGUGGGAAUAAUUCUCAAAGUUGUAUCGGGAUUUGCAUACUGUGCAGUGAUUACUAUGGUGGACCAACAACGGAUUGCCUUUCCUCGCUGUUUGAGAAUUUAUGUCUGACCAAAUUUGAGAGUGCAAUGGCUUCCCUAAACAGCACUGACUGGUGCAUUUGGAGCAAUGUGAGAGGCCUCUAUAGCAACUUAAGCCUUUGUACAGAGAGGAUGUCUGACUGUCUCCAGAUCCCAUGGCCUAACCCUCUGGUGGAACAGACCUUUGUGAACAUUCACUCCAAGUAUUUCAAGGAUUGCCCUGCAGAGGAGCUAAGUGAUCCACCGUCAGUCGUUAUUUUUGCCCUGGUGGUAACUCCCAUCUGCCUGAUCCCCAUCAUGGUUAGCCUUGUGGUGCUCAAGACCAAGAAUGGGGAUGGCAGCUCCUGACAAUCCUGAAUCAAUGCUCAUCAUCCAUCACUUUUUGGACUUAGGCUCUGUCUUUUAUUCCAACCAGAGGACUGCUGUUUUUGACUGCUGCUCUGCUUUCAUCUCACCAGCAACCUUGCAGAGGAGUGACUUUCUGACAAGUUUACUGGUACUUCACAACUCAGAAGAAUUCUGAAAUAUCAGCAACAGAGGAAGCCAAGCAAAAGACAUUUGAGAUAAUGGCAUCACAACUACUACCGCUGUUCAAUGACAAACUCCCCAGUGUUAACAGAGACUCACUGUGACAAAAUCUAUGUUAUUACAAGUUCCUGCACUGUACUGUAUCUGAUUAACACUUUUACAGGAAAGGCUGUGUCAAAAUGUUCUGUUUUCAACCAUAUGUCUGCAGAUCUGAAUGUAAUGAUAUAUUCAGUUUGCACAUACUCAGAAAACAGCUUAAUAUUUACUGGAAAACCCAGUAUUCAGGGUUAUGAUGACAAAAGCUCUGGAGCUUGCAGAAGUAAAGCCCAACUAUUUUUGUGUUUACUUUCCCAUUAUGUUGGACAUCAGUUAUAUUGAUAAAAGACAAGGUAAUAUUUAUUACUGAAUUCCUGAACUCUGUUUAUGCUUUUAUACUUUUGUAAACUGUGUGAUUUGAGACACUGAUUAGACAAUGUGAGUUAGAUACAGCUAAAUGUUCUUGUGUGAUCUAUGAGCCUGUAAGUGCAGGAAGGGAACUGGAAGCACAGCAUAUGGAAGGUCUGGUGUCAGAUGUUACAGAUGAGACUCAAUGAAUGCCUAGAAAAGAUCUUUUUCCCUGGUAUUGUAUAUUUUUGAACAGCCUGAGAUCCUCCAGCUCUUCAUGAUCAUAUAAUAUUGAGAUAAAGUUUAUCCAGCAGCUUCAGAUCAGACAAAAGACAUUUAAUUUGUCUGUGCAGCAUGGUGAUAAACACAGAGCAGUGACUGAUAAACAUCUUUUUGCUUGAAUAUUGAUAAUGUGGUUAUGUAUUGUUCAGUUUUCAAUGACAAUAAAGCCAUUGUAAGUGCUUUCAGAUUUGGAACAAAACGUGUAUUUAUAUAUUGUGUUAUUUUUCUGCCAAUGACAGUAAUUACUGUGUCUUCUGAGAGAAUACAUUCUGCCUGCUCU